AUGGUUGUGCCUUACAACCCGUAUCUUUUGCAGAUGUUUGUCUUCCACAUCAAUGUGGAGGUGUGCUCCAGCAUAAAGUCCGCCAAGUACCUAUAUAAGUAUGUGUACAAGAGCCACGUUCAAACUUUGUCCAAUAUUGAGAAGUCCGACACAGAUGGUAACAUAAGCGAGAUCAAGAGAUUUGUUGACACGCGGUGGGUUACUCCACUAGAGGCCACGUGGACGAUAUUUGGCUUCAAGAUGUGUGAGAACCACCUGUCGGUCCUACCGCCGCCGCUUCAUCUCUCAGAUAUGCAAAUGGUCACGUUCAAAGCGGGAGAAAACCUGAACGACGUUGCAGCCCGAGAUAAUGCAACCAUGCUGACAAUGUAUUGGGUGGCUAACCAGAAGCACACAUGGGAUCAAGAUAUUGUUUACAAAGAAUUUCCGAAAGAUCCAUAA